CAACAUUUUUUCCAAUCAGAUUCCUCACAAGUUUACGCUUGCACGGUAAAUAGAGCGUCCUGGCAGACGCACCAGUAUUUUUCCGCGUUUUCAUAAGAUUUCGCGGAAAAAUGGGGUCGAGUUUGCACGCUCGAUGUACGUGAUACGUAAACUUAUGGGUUUCUGGCAUGCGGUGACGUCAUCCGGAUCGUUCUGGAAGAACCCUGCAGGACAAUAAUGGCGGAUUUGUAUGCCAAAUACAACUGCACCUAUUGUCAAGAGGACAUCACGGGUUUACGUGUAAGAUGCGUAGAAUGCCCGGAUUUCGACCUCUGCUUGCAGUGUUUUUCCGCGGGAGCUGAAAUCGGUCCGCACAAAAAUGAUCAUUCUUAUCAGUUUAUGGAUUCUGGUACCAUUAGUAUAUUUAAUGGUAGAGGGAAUUGGACUGCUAGGGAACAACUUAGACUCUUGGAUGCUAUUGAACAAUUUGGUUUUGGAAACUGGGAAGACAUUAGCAAACACAUUGAAACACGUACACCAGAAGAAGCAAAAGAGGAAUACAUUGCCAGGUAUCUCGAUGGUAAUAUUGGCAAACACACAUGGCCACCAACAGAAAGCUACAAACCAAAUCUUACGGACCAAACUAAGUCGGAUCAUGGACCUCUGUCACCUGAUCUUACGUCGCGGUUACCACCAUUGGAUAUUACUCCAGAAGAAGCUGCACAACUGGGUUACAUGCCACAACGAGAUGAUUUUGAAAGAGAUUACAACCAUGAAGCAGAAUCUCUUGUUUCUUCGUUAUUCUUAAAUCCAGCUGAGGAUGAUGAUUUGGACAUAGCACUUAAGCUUGCACAAGUUGACAUGUAUACAAACAAUUUAAGAGAAAGAGCAAGACGAAAAAGGGUAGUACGAGAUUAUCAACUUGUGUCUGCUUUUUUUGCUUUGUCUAGGAAAGAUAAGACACUAAAGAAAAAGCAAUCAAAGGAAGAAAAAGAAUUCAGGGACAGAAUGCGAGCGUUUGCACAAUUUUAUACAGCACAGGAGUACGAACAGUUCUUGACGAAUCUUGAAAGAGAAAGAGAGUUGCGCUUGCGUCUUUCAGAGUUAUAUCGUUACCGAGACCACGGGAUUACAAGGCACGAAGAAUGCGCUCAUUUCGAACAAGUGCUGGCUCAAUCUCAGGGACAAAAUGAUGCAACGGACCACUGGAAUGAAAAAAAAUCUGGCAGCAGUGGGCCGUCCACACCAAUACACCGCCACACCUCAAAAAAAAGAGAAGAAGAAAAAAGUUACUCUUCCAUCGACCGAAAGUACACUGCAAAAGACUUACCCAGCAGCAGCUCCUCGCUCAGUCAAACCAAUCCCAAUCGGACGAUGACUCCAGCCAAUCAGUGGGCGGAGCCGGAUAACUAUCUGAAUUCUUCCAGCCAGCACUCUACCAGUUCCAGUUCUGCUGUAGAAAGAAACUUCACUGCGACAACUUCCGGAAAAUCUUGUUCAGCAAUAAGAGAUUUAGAAGAGCGAGACAUUGAAAUGGAAACUGCUGCACAUUUGUUAACGAAACAAGAAAAAUCUUUGUGUCUCCAACUUGAUCUAAAGCCAACGCAGUAUUUAACGCAGAAAACGGUGUUGUUGCAAGAGUAUUUAAAUGGUAAUAGGAGAUCUGGCGUUGUACCUCAGUCGGAACCAGAGAGUAAGAUUUUACAUUAUCUGGUAGCGAAUGGCUGGAUCGCGGCCAAUUAACCAUGUGUAAAAAAUUAAUGACCAUUUCAACUCUAA